ACUUCUAUAUUGUUACUAUUUGAUUUUAACCUCAUACCGACUCGGUUUCUUUCAUUUUAUGAUGACGAAGCCAACUUUGGCAAAUCUGAACUACGACCAAAAAAGAGGCCUGGUCGAUCAUGGACAGAGGACGAACUUCGGUUGAAGAGCAAUUCAGACCUGCAUAAAUUGUGGUACGUAUGUCUAAAGGAGCGCAAUAUGUUACUCACUAUGCAAGCGGCCUACGUUUCACAUGCUCGUUCUAUGCCGAAUCCAGAACGCAUUGACCGAGUAAAUGAGACGAUGCGUAAUAUUGAAACCGUUGUUCAUGAACGAAACGAUGCAUAUUACCGAUUGGAAACAGGCGAUGGCGCAAGUCCCCCAAUGCGAACCAUUACGUCUUUCAUGGGUUUCACUUACAAAAAGCAAGCAGAGGAGCAUCUCGAGCCGCCUACAGAAGAAACAAAAGAGUACGAAGUACCCUAUCUGGACGAUGACGCCUAUAUGAUGCAGAAGCUAUGGGCCGAAAAAGAAUUCAUGAAGGAGAGAGAUAGAAAAGAUAUGGAAGCUCUUGACAAGGUUGUCACGAAAGAAAUGAGGCGGUAUAAGAGAGGAGGUCCGAGAGUAUUCAACCGCCUGGAGUAG